GACGAAACAUAUCCCCAACUUUCUUUUCUCCCUAAUCUAGUGCAGAAUUGAGUUAGUAAAAUUUCGACUAUUUUAAUUUGAACUCAUGAACUCUACGGUGUAAAUUUUACGAACAAUCGUUAAUGAAAAGUAGAAACUUGAGAGUAGAAAGAUGGAAGUUAAAGCAAGUGGAGUGGUUUUCUAAGGCUCACAACCAGCCAGGAGACCUUAUCUUGUAGUGCAUCUGUGAACUAGCAGCUUGGUUCUCUUUCAGCUCCUUCCAACUCUGUUCAAUCUCUCAAAUGGCUUCCAAUCUUCUCAGACUUCAUACAAAAACCAUCACAACACCAAACCCAGCAUCCCCAUUUUCACACACCAAAACCCUUUCCUCCUCUUCUCUUCCAUUUCCCUCAACUUUCCUCAACAAAACCAAAACCCUCUCUCUAUCCCCACUCUGCUCCCUCACCCCACCAAACUCAAAAGAAGCAGCCAUCCAGCAAGCCAAGACAUGUCUCACAACCACCUUAGAGAAGCCCCUCAACAACCUCAGACUCACCAGCAAGCUCAAGAAGCUCAAACAACCCCGGUUUCGUAUCGAAAUCCCGGUCGCUGACGACUCCCCGGAGUCCCUAUCCCAGCUCGCCCUCCACUUCUUCAAAGACCUCCCCAUCAAAAGAAAAGGCUCCCCAGUCAACAUCCUAGUUCUAUGGCCCGACAUUACCUCCGCAGAAUCCGCAGUCAAAGCCUUCAUGUCCUCCCCGGCAAGCCCAGUUGAGCAUUUGGACAUUCCCUCAGUCGCCAACGGUAAUACCAGAAUUUCAAACACAGCUGACGUGGCAGUGUUUUUAGCGCCAGAACCGUCCCAAGUGGCGGUUAUGAAAACCGUUGCGGAGUUGCUGUACCCGAGGCCGGUGGUUAUGUUCAACCCAAAGUGGGGGUUUGAGGAAGAAGCAGAGUUUGGUGAGCUGAGUGGGUUUGUGGGUUCGUUUGAGGUGAUCUUUUCGUUUAUGGGUUUGGAAGUGAAGGGGCUUUUGAGUAAGAGAAAUGGUGUGGUUUUCAAGUGUGUGAGAAAUGGAGUUGUGAGUGGUGAGAAGUGGGCUGUUCUUGUUGAGGAAGAGCAAGGGGAGUUGAAGCUGGUUUCGGCGUUUAAGACUAGGCCUUCCAUUUCUGAAGUUGAGUAUGUUUUGUAUAAUUUGAUGGCCAUGAAUUCGACUGUAACGAAAUCCGUCAAGUUCUUUAGGGAUUUGGUGUCAAAUGUAACAGGAAAGAAGUAA